AUUUGUAUCAACCUCCGGGGUGACAGGAAGUUGCUGCCAUGUUUAGUUGGUUGCUUUGUUGGGGAUUCCUUCUUGGUUUCCUGCAGGUUUUAGCAUAAGAGUUGCAAUGGAACCGAGCUGGAGUACGUUUUUAUUUCAGCAGGCCAAUGAGGCUCUCCACCACCAGCACCAAUUAGCCGGGAACAGCCUCUUGCCUUUACUUACUUCUGGAACAGAGCUGCCUGAUCAGAAACCAGUUCUGCCCAUAGUGUUGGACCAGAAACCACCCGUCAGUGCUGCAGAACUUCUUAAAGACAAUGUGGCCAGUGGGACUGGGACAGGAGGUGGUGGUGGAACUCCACUUGCUGUGGUCAAAAAAGAGCCCAAAUCAAAGACUCCAUUCAUUUGUGGCUAUUGCAACAAGGCAUUCCGGGACAGUUACCACCUACGGCGGCACGAAUCAUGCCACACCGGAAUUAAGAUGGUUUCGCGGCCCAAGAAGACACAAACAGCUCCUACCAUGGUGCCAAUCAUAUCCACUGUACCUCGUGAUAAUGGAGGAAACCCUUCAUAUAUUACUACUGUAGCUGGUCUAUUGACUACAGCCACCACAUCAACAGCAACGGGCACAAGUAUCAUGACUCCAAUGCAACACCAGCAGCAGCAGAACAUCCCUAAGAAGCCCCCAAAACCUGUGAAAAAGAACCAUGGCUGUGAUAUGUGUGGAAAAGCGUUUCGGGAUGUUUAUCACCUGAACCGCCACAAGCUGUCGCAUUCUGAUGAAAAGCCGUUUGAGUGUCCCAUCUGCCAUCAGCGGUUCAAGAGGAAGGAUCGAAUGACAUAUCAUGCUCGCUCCCAUGAUGGUGGAGUUCACAAGCCUUACAUUUGUUCUGUAUGUGGGAAAGGAUUCUCCAGGCCUGAUCACCUAAGCUGUCAUGUCAAGCAUGUCCAUUCCUCAGAGAGGCCUUUCAAGUGCCAAGUAACGGCCUGUACAUCUGCUUUCGCUACCAAAGACCGUCUACGCUCCCACAUGAUCAGACAUGAAGGCAAAGUCACCUGUAACAUCUGUGGCAAAAUGCUAAGUGCUGCCUACAUUACAAGUCACCUCAAGACUCAUGGUCAGGCCAGCUUCAGCAAUCAAUGUAACAAUAAAGGCCUAAGUGAUUGGCAGUGGAACCACUCUGGGCCACGAAAAGGUGAUUUGACGGUAGGAGAGAUUUUAAAUAACUCCUUUCAAGUCCUAAUUGACAACUCUCACAAAGAUGCCAGCAACGUGCACAACAAUUCCGCCACGACAACGCCAGUCACCAUCUCGGCAGCCAUUACCUCGACCAUGAACCGUGGUGGCAAUGCCAGCAAUCCGGUCACCAUUGCCUCACAGAUGAACAUCACCACCAGCACGGUCAACAUUACAAACCCAGUCAACCUGCAGCACCCUGUCACCAUCACGGGCCCUGUGAACCUGGCCUCUGUCAACAUCCCUACAACUGCCCACAUGAAUAUCGCCCACCCCGUGGCCAUCACCACCCCAAUGCCCAUGAAUAUCACCGGUCCACUUAACAUUGCAAUGAGGCCCAUGGAGAGCUUGCCUUUUCUAUCCCAAGUCCUGCCAUCCUCACCUCCUUGGUAGUUUAUUCUCGUCGCUAAGUAACAGUUGCAAAUGUAACUGCCAAAUAUUUGAUGAACCUGUCAAAGUUUAGUAAAAUGGUGUUCUUCAGUGGAUGGGAAAUACUGAACACUGAAGUUGGCAUACCGUCCUAAAUAAUGCAACCACACCCUACAGCCGACAUUAAUUUUGGAUAUGCAUAAAUUAGUGAUUUAAAAAAAAACAGCAACUUAACUGUAUUUAUAAGAGAGGAAAAUACUUGGGAAAAUCUUGAUCCUGGUAGUUAUAAACUCAAUGUUCUGCAUCUGACAAAUGAAUUCAUCACAUUGAUGCAAUAUGUAAAUCAAAUAUUACCUCCAAACCGUCCCUAUAAGUUUGUAAAACAAAACUCUCCUGACAGGAAAACGCAAAUGCAGAGUUUGAAUUUGAUGAUCCUCAUCUGAGAAAACAGAGGAGUUUGGACUUUUAUCUAUAAAAGGGACAAAUGGAGAACAACAACAGUUAGAUUGGCUACUGUUUUUUCCUAAUCCAAACAUAAGCAAACAUAUGCCAAAGAUAUUAAAAUUAACAUAUUUCCCUUUUGAAUUACUGAUUUAAAUGAAAAUGAAAAAAAUUGAGAAAUGAAAUUUUUUUUUUUUAAAUCAGCUGCUUCCUGACAAAAAAACAUUAGAAGCUGUUACAGGUAAUUUAAAUAUUGCUCCAUGUAUUUUAACCUAUGCCAUCAUUAUUGCAUCCAUCACAGUCAACUCAAUUUUAUAUUGUUAGAUUUUAUCACAGGUAGACUACUUUUAAUUGUAUUUGCAGACAGACAUUCACUUGUAUGAAUUUAUAUCAGUAAUUAUUACAUUGUCAACAGUCACACUUUCACCCAUCAUUGGCUUUUUUUGUAUUUUUUUUUUUUUUUAAAUAAAAGCAAGAACUAGUUUGUAGCUUGCACAUUGCAGCUGCAUUCCUAGUGAACACACGGAAAAGGUCUAAACACCUUCCCAAUUUCUGUUUAGUCGCUAGAUGGCAGCGUCAGGGUUGCGGAAGUACACUAUUGGAAAAAUAGAAUGUUGGGCACCUUGCUACAACAAAUCUUAUACCAAGGUGUAUUGCCAGAGGGUGCGAAACAUUCUUCCUAAGAUUUUUAGUUUUUAAAUAUUUUAGAUGACUAAUCAGUAUUUAGUAGCUAAUGUAUUUUAAGUGAAUGAAAACGGCAUAGAGCAAACAUUAUAGUAUUAUAGUAAUAUUAUAUAUUUUUGGGUGCGGUGAUGGUUCUGAUGCUGGUUAGAACAACUCAAAAUCAAUUCUUCCUCUAUUUUUAAAUGACUGGAAACUAGUUCCUUAUGUGAUGCCAUCAAUUUGGAAUUGUUUUAAUGUACUGUCUAUGAGGAUGUCACAAUCCAUGGUACAGCAAGAAAUGUUUGUUACUUUUUUUUUUUCAACUGAAAGCAAGUCUCCUGGGUUUCACCCUUAACACAGUAUUAUGAGAGGUCAAACAGUGUCUUUUUUUUUUUUCUUCACUGCAGAGGUCAAUAGAUUUGCUUAGUUGCACAUGUGCAAGCCCAAAAUUGUUGGGUAUGUUAGAAUGUUUACUUCAACAGACAGGAUCCAAAUUUUGCAAGGUAAACUCAGAUCACUGAGAUUAAUCUCUUGAAAUAUGUUUUUUUUUUGUAAAUAUAAAACACUAUUUUGUAGCCUUUUAUCUCUGGAAGUGCCAGUCUGACUUUGCACCACAAUCUAAGAAGAUCCACGAGCAUUGAUAUGGCUUUCGUUUGCAAUGAUCAAUAGAUAAGUCUUUUUCCACCAGCUGCAUAAGUGAACCGGAUUCUUCUGUAAUAAAUUGAAACUCGAGGUUGCUUUGAUGUGGCAGGGCAACUAUCCUGUUGGACAAGACAGUCUGUGUGCUCAAAAAGUCCAGUUUUAUCUGUAAAUACACGAUUUCACACCAAUGUACUGUUUAUUUUGAGUUUUCCAAAGACAACUCUCAAAAAGUGUCACCAGCAUUUUUGUGAUGUGAACUUCCUUCAUGUCUUGAAUUUUUCAAACUUAUUUUCAGGUUGGCAUGAAACUUGAAAUUUGAGGCUGUCCAUUUGUUUUCGGAGCUGCUUAUCCUCACUAGGGUCGUGGGAGUGCAGGAGCCUAUCCUGGCUAUCUUUAUAGAAAAGGAAUAUUUAUUGCUCCUGUAAAGUGGCCAGUUAAGUUUUCUAAGUUAAAGUAAUCUUUAAAGGCUAUUCGACAUGUUGCAAUUCUUCAACCUUGAGUACACAAUUUUUAAGCUGCUAGCAAGAUUUGAAUGUAGCCCCACUUCACUGCUCUCUUAUUGGUUGGUCCUUGCAUUGAUUUGUUUUCAAAAUAAACCUAGAAAUUGGAAGGUUAUGUUUGUCUCAGGUCAGAGGAAGCAAGGGCAAGGCUCAAACAGCAGUUUUUCAACUUCUCAACCACUGAUUUUAAACUUUAACAAAACCAGAACAUUCUUUUUUUUGUUGUUUUUUUUUCCCCAAGUACACUGCAUUAGUAACUGACCCUAUUGUCUCACAGCAUGAACCUUUGUGACAGUUGUUGCUUUUUACAUAUUUGGAAUCUCAUGAUGAGUCUAAAGGAUCAAAGUAUCAAGGCAGCAUCUAAAGUUGUAACUAUACCCCAACACGACUUUUAUCCUUAUUUUUUGCAGUUCUAAUUUGCUUUUUAGUCCAAGCCUUAAUAAUUCUGUGGCUUUGUGUCAUGUUUGGGCCAAACCAAUUUAAAAAAAAAAAAAAAAAAAAAAAGCCUCUUUGAAGUUGGGGAUUUAGUUAAGUUUAGGUUCUCUGAAGCACUUGCAGCAAACAAGGAUAUAUGAACACUACAAGAAAGUAGUACUUUAAUGGGCAUUUUAGUUGAUUGAAAUAAGAUAAAGGGCUUUGUCUGUUGUUGCCCAGGCCACAUUUCCUUGUUUUGAAUGCCCAAAUGUCCUCAUUUCAUUAUGCAUGUCAGCUGCCCCCGAAGAGAAGUGAUGUAAUGAGGAAUGGCAUUAUGAUCUUUGAAAUUUGUAUUACUUUAAUAGCUAUUAUUUUUUAUUUACAAUGUUGCAUGUGGACGAAGUGUCUCCAUUAUAGGUUCAAGGUGAACAUUUUUUUUUUUUUUUUUUUAGAAUGAUUAGUGACAUGAAAACAAAACAAAAAAUUUAGGGUAAAAUCGAACAUGUGCUGUCAUACGUCUUUCUGUAGUGGCCAUCAACAAAUGUGCCUGAAAUACGCUGCAAGACCCCUCCACAUGGUCUCGUUUGAUGAAAUAUACUCCAAAAGAACCCUUUUUCAGAUGUUGACAGCUGUUUGACAACCAAACUAUGGCAUUAACAUUUUAUUUGAUGAAACAUGAUUGUGACAGUUGUCCAGUUAAGGAAACACCAUGAAACAGGGCAGAUAUGAGUCAGGGUUGUAGAAGACUGGCAUUGUUUUAAUAACUGAGAGGGGUGGAGGUUGCUUUAAAAACACCUAUGCUGCCCAAUAAACGGUUUUCUUUGGUGGGGCAAAUGAAUGUAUAUCUUUGUACAAACUGUUUAGAUAAGAUGAAUUAGUAAUAGUUAUGACAGACACAUGCAAGAAAAAAAAUCUUUUAUAAAAACGUUUUGUAUUACACUAUUAACAGGUUUUGUACAUACAAAGUCUAGAAUUUCUGAUUAGCAGAAAGGUAAAACAUUCCUACAUUUUUUUUAAAUGUUAAUGGAGAACUGUGUAAAUGUGCAAUGUUUUAUAUGCCUUUUAUUUGGUUUUGUCUAAAUAAAAGAAGUAAAACAUGAUUGUCAACUGA